CAGUUACUCUUCAGGCUUCAGGGGUGAAACGAUAAACUUGAAUCUCAUCCUUUGUUGACUUUGAUACUUCUUAAGGAAAACGAAGGAAUAUAAAGAUUGAUCUUCCAAAUAAGAAUCUUCUCCCUAAAUAAAAUUAUUCACUGAUCUCGCAAUUGAUCUUGAAAAUUUGAAAACGUAGCUGUACGACUGCGUUCUUUUUCACUCAAGAGAUCAAGGAACCUGUCAACCCUCCCAAAAGAUUUUUGAUUUUAUUGGUUUCCAUUCAAGUGGAAACAUGAUCAAGUAAAUCAAUCUGAACUGCGUGGGUAGACUCCUCAGUUUAUUUUGCAUGUAUGCAUCUUGUUAUUUUUAAAGUGCAAAUUUUUGGUUGAUUGAUUGUAAGAAAAGUGAAGUUUUUACUACUCGUGUUGCGUAUUUAUAUGCAUAUCUUGGAGUUUUUCAGAAAUUGAGACGAAUUCUUGUAUGAUUGAGUGAGAAUUGCUCACUUAAUUUUUAAUUCAUCUCAGCUUUGUGUUUAUCGCUACUUCAUUGAGGAACAGUGGGAAAUGCCUUCUUUUAUGGCUGUUUGGUGUGGUUAAAGUUGGUGACUCUUGUGGUUCGGUUUAUUGGUUUGUGUUUACCAAGAUUGAUUUUAUGCUAACUAAGUAUACGUGCUGGUUGAAUUCGACUAAUUAUGGCUGCGGUGGUGAAAAUGCGACUGAGUGAUUUUCUGUGUUUUUGGUUCAUCAUCCAAUCUUCCAAUUGUCAAAUAUUAGUGCCGUUGAAAGCGGCAUUAACAGAAUGUUCAACUGGGAUUGAAACCUUUGAAAAAGUGACUGGAAUUGAAUUGCCCCCAGAGGAAAGAAUCCCCCUGUACUCCAGCACAAGUGGGGUAAUCCUAGCAGAUUGCUAUAACCGGUGCAGAUCAUCCUCAAGCUGUUCAGCAUUUUGGAUUGAUUACACUUCAAAUGCCUGUUUCCGACUAGCCAAUCCCAAGUUUACGGAUAAUAAUGUGGAAGUAGAUGCUUCAAAACCAUCUUCAUAUUUUGAAAGACUUUGUUUACAAGGUGACAUUUGCAGCAAAGCUUGGGUGACAGAAAGAAUUCCGGGACAUGAAUUGGCAGGACAUGACGAUGUGAUUAUUCGUAGCGUGGGUAGUAGAAAACGAUGUUCGGAACUUUGUUUGACGGAUAAGCGGCUUCCUUGUCGAUCUGCAGAUUAUUGGGAGUCCAGAAAGGAAUGUCGACUGAGUCGGGAGAAUCGCCGAAGUCAACCCGGUUCCCUUGUCAAGUCUACGAAGGAAGUGGAGUACAUCGAGAACGCCUGCAUUGAACCGAUCUCCACAAAACAAAGAGAUUGCGAGUGGGAAGUUAUGCAUCGAUUUGAGUUUCCUCUGUCAGAUUUUGCGACAAAAUCAGAAAACCUUGAAGAAUGCCAAAAAGCUUGCGAAACAUAUACGGCUUUCACAUGUCGAUCAGUUACCUUUGACAUGGUGACAGGCCUUUGCUUUUUGAGUGGGGCCGACAUGUCUACUACUUCUCCAAAGCUGCUCAAGUCUCAUGAGAAUAAGAUCUAUGCACAGAGGGUGGCCUGUAUCGAUAUGUCCUUGGACUGCAAUGGUGAUAAUAUGGUUGCCAAACUCAAAACUCACAGCCCAUUCUAUGGAAAACUUUAUUCAUCGGCACUCCUCCCAGAAUGUGAGGUUUUUGGUCACGGUAAAUUGUUCACUUCUUUGGAAUAUCCACUCAACGGAUGCGGGGUCUACAAAGACGCUGAUGGAUCGUUUGUAGGGAAUUUAAUAGUUCAACAGCAUCCACUUAUCCAGAAACGCGGCGAUGCUGCCUUUCGUCUUGUCUGUACAUUUCCAGAAACUAAUCGGACUGUGACACAAAAAAUUGCAUUUGAAAAAGAAUCCGAAUCUCGCCUGGUGGAAGCAGGAUCAGCUCCUGCGCCCAUACUGGGAAUUGCCGUCUCGGUUAUCAAUGCCACUGCCAAGUCCCCUGCAGUUACCCUCAGGAUUAUCGACAGGAACGGGAAUGACGUGAGUGGAGUCACGUUGGGAGAUGAACUCUACUUCAAGGUAGAGGUUGAAUCUACAAGUGCGUAUGGUGUUUUUGCGAGAGACUUGAUUGCUCGAAGUGGAACAAACGAAGAGGAAUUAAUCCUCCUUGAUACGAGGGGUUGUCCGGAAGACCCAGCGAUAUUCCCCCAUCUCAAGAAACUUACAGAUGGGUCGAAAUCUUUGAAGGGGCGAUUUGAGGCAUUCAAAUUCACGAACGAUGCUGUCGUACGAUUCCAAGUUUAUCUCCAGUUUUGUCGGAGCGAGUGUCCACCGAUUCGUUGUGACGGUGAAAAUUCUCAUGGACGAAGAAGACGAGCAAUGGCACCAAAUGCCGAGAAAGUUGAGUUUAUAGAACUGCAAAAGGAAAUCAUUGUAACUGGUCCAAUAAAUGGACCAAAGUCCAAGAUGCAAUUACCAAUGAGCACCAAGGGAGAUGACGAGAGAAUACACCAGAAAGACAAUGGGAUGGUUAUCUGUACUCCGAAGAACCUAAUGAUGGCAAUGAUAAUAGGAUUUUGCCUAUUUCAAGUCGCGAUAGUGCUUUGUUGUGCGGCCUGCAUAUGUUACAAGAAGGACAAGAAAGGCAUGUCCCUUCCACCAUCAGAACCAACUUAUCGAUCCUCCGACGUCUACUACGCACGGCCAUCUUUAAUUAGUACGCUUCAAUCCAUUAGAAACUCCAGACGCUAGUUACCAAUAUAACGUAGAUACAUGUUCUGAUAAAUAGUGGGUGGGUGUCAAUUUGUAUCAGUUGUCGGAAGGUUUUGCCAGUCAACGUUCCUUUGUAAUCAUAUACAAAAACCAUAAAGUUGCAUGUAGCAUUAGCUUAUCGUAGUAUCCAAUUUUAUUUUGUCUUCACUGUGCUAUCAUCAAUUAAUUAUGCUAUGGAUUAUUAUACUUGUUUGUUGGAAGAUGCAAGUAUUGGUGGGUUGUGUUGUUAAUAUUAGAAAUGAAUUUAAGCAAUAAUUAUAAGUUUCCGUUAAUACAAUUUAUUGAAAUCAACUGAAUGCUAACAAUUUAAAAAACAUAUAAGAGUACCGGGAUGGAAUUUAGAACAAACCAAUUUUGGUUCGGUAUGAUAUUGAAAAUUACAAUAAUUAUUAGUGUCUUAAUACUGUUAUUUUAAA